UGUUCGCGCAUCUGCGUAUGUAAUUUCCUUGCGUGGGACAGAUGCUCGGCGCGUUCCGUUUCUAGUUCUUUCCUCAAGCCACAGUAGUGCAUGUGAAUGCGUAAAGAAAACAUUAAUCCUACGUAAGCUGUUAUUUUGAUCUAGAGAAAGUUGGCUUUAGCUGUUUUGAAGAUCUGCCAGGGCAUCAGUUCUCCUAGAAGCGCACAGGUGAAGUCAAAUAGAGACACUGGUUUCAUACCCAAUAUUUCCAGCCAUCGUGAACAGGACAACAUCGAUCUUCUCCUAUGUUUGGAACGAUCUUUGUAAACAUGACGAGUUUGAAGGCGUUUGGUAAAAAAGCGGAGCCGUAUGGGAGACUGUCCUCUGAACCAGUGGAGGACACAGACCCCAGCAGUUUUGUUACAGAGAUGUCUCUGGGGUCAAACUACCCUGUUCAGGUCACUAAUUCACAAGGUAUUAGAGAUCCUGUGACACUGCAGCUCAGCUCUGUUCCCCCUGGUUACUUGACUCCACCGGCAGACAGGAUACAACAGCCUGUAGAAAAUGAUGGGAGCAAAUUUAUUCCAUCAGCUACUGUUUCAUCAGACUUCAGCAAAGACCACACAUCCUGUAAGGAGUGCUUGUGUUCCGCCCCUCCUCCCAAAAUCAGCGACUUGAUGAACGAUGAAGACCUUCUGUACACCCUGAGGCUGAAGCUGGACCCGACUCACUGCACUGUAAAAAACUGGAAGAACUUUGCGAGUCGCUGGGGGAUGAGUUACGAUGAGCUUACGCUUUUAGAGCAGCGCACACAUGGAUCCACCUACCACAGCCCCACUCAAGAGUUCCUACUGCGCUACAACCAGAAACCUGUUAAGGAGCUCACCGAACUCUGCCAGCUUUACCAGCGCAUCGACGUUCUAAGAUUGCUCCAGAGAUGGAUGGAAAACGACUGGCCUUCGCGCUGGCAGAAUGCCCAUUAACUAGGGCUCAGUGAGAACAAUAACUAGACUUCAGCGCAGCAAAGUUUUUUUAGAAUCUGAAAUUAAUGACUUCAGGGAUGGACGGCAAGUCAGAACACACACUACUAAGCAGUGGUGGUGUCUGGAUAUUGUUUACACUGUUGUAAAUGGUUGUAAGACCUUCACUGACUCAUCAGUUAUAUUGGUUGCAUCAACUCAUUUCAUCACUCCAGAUUUCAGUAUUUUUUGUGAUGUCACAUCCUUGAAACGCAGGUAAUAUCUAUGUGGUUGGAAGGGGUGACAAACAAAUAUAGCAGUGGCAUGCCCGCACUGGAAAGACCACAUACAUCUGGAAAUUCUUUGUUGGUCAUAAUGGACAUGUAUGGCAUUUAAUUUAUAUUUGCUGUAAAUACAUGUAGUCAUUUCAUCUUUACUUGUGGUGUCACAGUGAUUGUUAGGGUUGCCUCUUGAAGUGUUAUAAGUCCUUAAAUGAGUCAUUGCACUCAAGAUCCAAAUUAGUUUUGAGACAGUUUCACCGUUAGUGUUGCCUGCCCUUCUAUAAUGACCUGUGAAUAAAUCUCAAGGCAGCGGUUGGUGUCGUGUCUGGAAAGGAUUCUCAAUACUGAAUGGUUGAUAAUCAGGACAUUUCAGUGCUAAAUGAAUUUCAUCAUUUUGUGACAUUUCCUCUAAGUUUCUCAUUGUAACAAAUCCUAAAAUAUAUGAUAUCCCAAGGUAAAAGCAGAUUAGAGGUAGUUUUAUAAGAUGUGACUGAUUUUUCUUGGACUUUGCUUGGAUUGUUCAUCAUUUCCCUGACGGUAUUAGUGCAUUGUCAUUUUGAAGUCGAUUGUCAGUCAAAUGUACAAAAUCAGUUCCCCCAGGAUCCCAUUUUAAGCAAAGCAACAUAAGACAACAGAGUUAAUAGGGUAUAAAAAUGUAUGUUGGAUUUAGACUCUUGGCAUUGAUUUGAUUUAAAUAUAGUCUUAUAGGUAUAGGGUACAGGAAGAUCUGUGCAGGAAACCUGAUUACUGAAACAGAGUACCUUAAAUUCAUGAAAUUUUUUUUGUAAAUUAGUAAAUGCAACAUUUUAUGUAAGAAUGGUUUUUACAAAAGAUUUAAUUCUGCUUGUGUUUCAUGAAUGUGGCCCAUUGUGUGUUAUGGGUUCUUGAAGGGGCCAGUUAAACAUUAAGAUUUCCACAUUUUGGAAAACAUAAAAGGGCUCCAUUUUCUCGAGUGCGCAAAGCGCAGUGCUACGUGCAGUGACUGUGUGCUACGUCUUAUCCCAAUUUUGUGAGAGCGCAAAUUCAAAGUGGAAUUUCCGUGCCAGCACAAAGUGCAGGUGGGUGGGAGUGUUUAUUCUAUCUGUGGGUGUAUUGUAUGUUAAUGAAGUGGUGCAAAGCGCAAUUUGCUAUUUUCCUGAGAGAUAGAUCAUUGCGCUAAGACAUUUCAAAAGUAGUUCUGUUUUCAGACUACACACUUCCCUCAUUUGCAGUUUCCACCAGCUGGUGGUAAUAAAGUUAAUGUACAAACUCUUAAAAUAUAGUGGAACAUCAAAUUAUGUCCGUGACGAGUUGUAGUCGUCUUGUGAAACAAAAAUGAGAUUUGUGUUAAACUAUCUAUAGGUCAUGGUUUAUGUUUUAAUUAUCAUCAUUAUUGUUUAUAUUCACAAUUGAUCUAAUUAUAAUAACUAUAAUUAUGAUCCCAUUUUUAUUUAUAUUUUACCACCUGUUGUCAUAGAGUGAUUUUUAAGUCACACAUUUUUGUGGUGCUAGUGGAGAGAAUAAAAUGUUUGGAUUUGGUAUAUUAUUAUUUAUUUUAUUUUUUUUACAUUUUGUUAAUUUGAUUUAGAUUUUAAAUGGAGCCUAGUUUGAAUUUAGAAAAUUUUAGUUUGAUUUUUUUUGUUUCAUUAAAUGAAUUUAAUUUUUUUAAAUCAAAAUCAACUGGUAGAAGUGCGUGCCGAUACAAUCACUGUUAAUACUAGCCAUGAUUUGUGUGUCAGUAGAUGAAAAUUAAUAAUAAUACUUACAUUACUUGCAUUCCCUAUAAUUUAAUUACAUCCAAAUCCUGACGAGAAUAACAUUUUCUAAGCAUAUAAAAUGAGCGUGUCUAUUUUAUUCUAAUUCAUUGAAUACAGUCCGUUUACACUACAAACUUCUUAUGAAUGUGCUGUCUUUGUUUAUAUCGCUGGUGCUUAAUAGGGAAUGGACUAUAGGCUAUAAUAGGAUGCAGAUGGUGCAAUAACUGGAGAAGAACCUCAGAAUUAAAUUGCAUUUGACCCAGCCCAAUAGCGCUUUGUGCGUGCGAUUUCACCAAACCCACUUGUUCCUAAACUUAGCACAUACUUGCAUGAAAAUACCAAAGCUUCAUGGCCAUGCCCACUGACUUUGCACUUAUGGCAUAGUGCUGCGCUUAGCAUUAACGCUCUUAAAAUAGGGCCCAUAAUGUCAUAUAUAAUGUAAAACUUUGUAUCCAUACAUUAAAUUACCCAUUGCCCUGCUCACUGAGCACUUACAUUUACUAUCAUGUUUGGUUUGAAUGGCACUUAUACUUUUUUUUUAUUUUUUAUAAAGAUUCAGCAUGGGUAUCUCUAGUGUCUUUAAGAAAGGAGCAGUAAACAUGCUGUAUAACUGCACAGAACAUUGGAUCUGGAACUUGAUCUGACUUUCUUAAAUAGUACAACUCUGAUAGUAUCAAAAUGUAGGGAGUUGGUGGUCAAAGUUCCACAUAUAUGAAGUUUAAACAUUUGUGGUCGAAUGCCAUGUAAAAGUGUAGGUAGUAAGUACCUCUUCUGAGCUUUUUUAAAAAGCUAAAGUUUUUAGUAUGUUUGGUGUUCUGCUGUAUUUUACCCAGCUUUUGGUUCCCUGUGUCUUAAAAUUACAGAAAGUCAUAUUGUUUAUGAAUUGUGGGCUCUCUCUGUUUAAAAAUAAAACUUUACACGCA